AUGGCUGGCCCCCUUCUCCACUCCUUCGAUUACAAGGCUAUCCCCAACUCGAAGUUUUGCCUCCUUCGCAAGCCGUUUCUAAAAGUAUCACGCUCCCUUACAAAUUCUGCUCGGCACACCCUCAGAUCACUUUCCACACGUGUGGCACGACGGCCCAAGAUGGACUGUCAUGCGGACACCACCGAGCUUGCCGCUGUUUUACACACUGCUCCAGAGCCCCAGAUGACAGCGAACUACUCCCGGCCCCGCACAGAUUCUGUCAACAUCUGCCCCCACGAUGCUCCUCUGGAAGGUCGGGAUUCCCUUGGAUCUGAUGGUUCUGUUCCAGGAAUGAUAGAAGAUCACGACUCGGUCGUCUCGGCGGACGACGACUACCAGGAUGGGAUUCCAGGAACUCGACCCGGGUUGUGGGAUCCCUUAUGGUAUUUCGGACGGCGCGGCCGGGAUAGAUCGGAGCACUGCCGUUCUAUCAGUCCCACUGACAGAUCGAGGCGACAAGGAUAUGCCCAGUGCUCCGUGAAGAUUCAAGAAGAUCGACCAAGUACGCGCGGCCGAGCAUCUAGCUCCGACAGCCAGAACGAGGCUUUUCCUUGGCCCAUUGUUGAACCCUACGUGGAACAACCACGGCCUCCUACCGCAAAAUCUGUGUCAUCGAGACCGUCUUAUUCACUUUUCCCUCUUGCAGCACCUCAACGACGACCUCCGGUUUCUCCGUUGCACGUUUCGUCUCUUCCACGACAGCCUGGUUCGGGUACGGCAUCGCCUUGCUCGUCUCUACCAAAUAGCCGGCGGCCCAGCAUCGACACCAGAAUGCAUUCAUCCAAUGUUCAGAUUUCGCCACCGAUCAGCCGGCCUGGCUCGUCGAACGCAACGACCCCGACUCUGGCACAGUACGCUUCCACAGCAGCCAGCUCAACAGCCUCGAUCCCAUUGCUCUAUCAAAUGCCAGCACCGCCAUCCACCUUUGAAGCAUCACCACCGAUAUCUCCUCUGGACAAAUCUCUUCCUGAUCCUCCUAACUGGAGGCAGUCUAUCAGCAAACGUCCUUCUAUUGCUAACCUUCGCAAACUCUCACUGUCCAAGUUUUCCACUCGCUCAUCACCCACCUUGGCGGACUUGGUAAAGUCACAUUCUCGAUCUCCAACGGACGACAUUCCUCCCACCCCAAGCCUGCUACACCCACCCAGCACUUCGGCCUCGAAUCAGAAAUUCUUCUCGGACUUGCACACCCGUCCUUUACCCCCCCUUCCCAAACCCACCGAUCUGUUAAGACAAGCUCCGCCUCCACCACCAAAUAUUUCUGUCUUUGAAAUCGACUCCGACUCUGACGAGGACGACUCGGAUUCAGACUCGGACAUCGACCCAACAGGUGCCGACUCCGGGAGAAGGAAGAAAAAGAGGAGUUUUGCCAAGAGGUUGAUGAGGGGGUUUGUCCCACACAGCAGGAAGGGGAGGAGUGCGAGUGAGAGUGCGCCUUUGACUUGCACUCCAGAGCCUGAAUCAACAUCAUCACCUCAAGCAACGGCCCCUACGGGGAGGAGGAGGGCCGGGACAGUAGGGAGUACUGUUGAGUCUCUGCAUCAUCACGAGAAGCUAGGGAAGCCGUGGAUGAGGAGGCAGAAGAGCGGGGAGAUGAUGAGCUGGGGGAGGCUCUUGAGUGGGAAGAGGGGGUCUGCUUGA